AUGGCCACCAUUGCGUUCAGUCGCGUUCAGCGCGAAUGCAAGGAGAUCAUCACCAGUAAAGAGCUAUCUGAAACUGGUGUAUUGAUUGAAGUUCGUAAUGAGACUUUAACAAAAAUACGUGGCGAAAUCAAAGGACCUCCAGAUAGUCCAUACGAAGGUGGGAUAUACUCAUUGGAUAUCUCUAUUCCUGACGAAUAUCCAUUUCAGCCUCCCGUGUGUAAAUUCAUAACAAGAAUAUGGCAUCCGAAUAUAAGUUCGCAAACGGGAACUAUUUGCCUUGAUAUAUUAAAGGAACAAUGGGCAGCAUCCNUAACGUUACGUACAGUAUUGUUGAGUAUACAAGCACUGCUCACGCUACCUGAACCGAACGAUCCCCAAGAUGCCGUUGUUGCUAGGCAGUUCCUUGAUAGUCCAGCUCUAUUCAAAAGGACGGCCAAAUUCUGGGCGCAACAUUACGCGAAUGCGAAAGGACCAAAAGAUGAGGAGUUAUGGAGAAAAGUCGAUAAAUUGGUUGACAUGGGUGUUUCUGAGGAUCAGUCAAUAUCGGCGUUGAGCUGUAAUCAGUGGGAUCUCUCAAAAGCAACAGAUUAUGUGUUCGGUUGA